CAUAAACGGGUAUUCUACGUGCGUGCGUGGAAAUAGCGCGCCCGUGUGUGUGUGUGUGUGUUGUGUAGUCUUCUCCUAUAGUUCUUGUUCUUUGUUUUGGUCUAUGGUUGGAGAUAGGAAACCCGUUCCGAGUGCAGAAAUCACUAUAAAAAAAGUAUUUUUAAGGAAUCGCAUGUUGACAGAGCGUUGUGACGUCAGGGAAAGAAGAUAGACGUGGCCGACCGUCCCGAACAUCACUAGCGGAUACCAAAUCCUCUUCAAAAACAUCAGUCAAAAGUCAAAACACCAGUCAAAAACAACAUGGGCCUUUGCAAAUGUCCUAAACGCCAAGUAACGACACAGUUUUGCUUCGAGCAUCGGGUGAACGUGUGCGAGAACUGCAUGAUCGUAAACCAUACCACGUGCACCGUUCAAUCAUACAUCCAGUGGCUGAAGGAUAGCGAUUUUGGGUCCAAUUGUACGCUUUGCGGUAGCCCCAGGAACACCGAUGAUUGCGUCCGGCUAAUAUGUUACCACGUAUUUCAUUGGAAAUGCUUGAAUGCAAGACAGCAGCUGUUGCCGGAAAACACUGCUCCAGGAGGUCAUACCUGUCCAACAUGUAACGAUCCUAUAUUUCCACCCGGCAACCUUGUCUCUCCAGUGGCCGAUGUGCUACGAGUACGGCUAGGGCAGGUCAAUUGGGGCAGGAAUGAACUAGGUUUACCCUUGCUGCAUGAUGAGCACGACCUUAGAAGCGGCUACCAGGGUGCCGUGUCCAACGUUGGAGCAGCAGUAGCAACGAGCCACAUUAGUUCCAUUGCGAUUACGCAAAAUCGAUCGAUCAAUACUGCAGCACUAGUCCGCAAGGAGGGCACCGAAACACCACAUUCGAUAGUCAACCUCGAUCCGUAUGUCAAUACCGCAAACAGUCGACGUAUAACGCUAAUGUCGCGUGAAUCACCGAUUGGUGGUUCCGAUCGGGAUGACAACAAAUAUAAGCGCCGAACGCCGCAGGAAAUUUUCUCUCGCUGGUCUCGCCGAUUGUAUGCACCUACGGUGAAACCGAUCUGGCGAAAGUCGUGGUUUCUGAUUACCACCGGUUUGAUUGGGUUUCUCUGUAUCGUUUACGUGAUGGCCACGCUCGGGCGCAGCGGUGCUGAUGAUGAUAUUGGUGGCUUCGUCCCGAAUCGCAAUUUGCCGCGAGCCGAAGAGUGAUAGUAUAUACUACGGUCAUCCAAAGCGCCUUUUGUUAAUGAGCAGCGAAUUAGGCGAACCAACCGACCUAAUGAAGGAAUAGGAUUCAUACCUCUUUGUUAUGCUAUAAUGCUGAAUCCAGAACGAAACAAAAGCGGAUCAUCAUUCCUACCUAGGCCGGAAUUAUUUCUAUUUUUUCAGCACUACUUGAGCUUAGCAUGUGCGAUGAAAGCUACCAACUAAAACUAUGUCAAAUAUAUUUAAUCAAAUAUUUCA